AUGAAGGGAAGCCGUAGGUUGGAGCAGGCUAACCGAAGAGAAGGAAGAUGAAGGGGGCUUUGUGUAGAAUAUCAGCAGAGAGGUUGAAGCAGUCAUUUGUUGCUGCCUGCAGUGCUCGAAUGGUUCAUCUGAAGAAGCACCCGGACCACAAAGAGGAGGAAAACUCUAAGCCUUUCAUGUUCUCUACGAGUAAAGCAAGCCAUCGCCAGUGGACUGUUGAGAAAUCCUUGGGUAGUGAGCACCAGCGGCCCUUGUGGAAAGUUCUGCCAAUCAGUUUGUUAUUUACGGCUGUUCUAAUAUGGGCAGCUUUUCGUAAAGAAACCAAGUUGGACAAGAUCGUCUACAGACCGAUAUCAGAGGUAAUAGGUGACACAGAGAAAAGCGACACAGAAGACGAAAAAGGCAAAUAA